AUGCUUGUGAUCUCACUGGCACUCAAACUUAUUGGUACUGCCGUAUGUGAAACACAAUGCUUACUUCAGCACAUUAAUCCACCGUUACUUGUGUGUCUGUAUUUAGUAAUGGACCUAUCCUGUAGCACGAGAAGGUUCAGUGCCCGACUUACGCAUGAUAUUACCACAAAUUGCAGGGGCAAUGCUGUGAUGCGGUCAACAGCUAAAAAACAGACUGCACAGGAUAUAAUUGUCUCGAUGCCAUCGGAUGUGAAUGUACAUGUGGGGUUGGAUGAUAUGCCAAAGUUACCAACUAGAACGAUCAAAUCAAGGACGGCGACAAUGGUGAUCCGGAGAUUGAUCUGGACUUUCCGAGUGCUGACAGUUAUUGCUGCAGUGAAUGUUCCUCUCUACAUGAUGCUUCUGUUCAAGGAUUGGAUUGACAAAUAA